AUGAGUGCAGAGCCUGGAUUUGUCGGUAUAAAGUUUUGUCCGGAAUGCAAUAAUAUGUUAUAUCCAAAAGAGGACAAAGAAAAUCGGCAAUUAUUAUAUGCAUGCCGGAAUUGUGACCAUAAACAGCUUUCCGAAAAUCCAUGUAUUUAUGUCAACAAGUUAAUGCAUGAAGUGGAUGAAUUAACUCAAAUUGUGGCUGAUGUCGUACAUGACCCAACAUUGCCGAAAACCGAGGACCAUCCUUGUCCAAUGUGUCAAGGACGAGAAGCUGUAUUUUUCCAAGCUCAAUCUAGGAGAGCUGAAGAAGAGAUGAGGCUGUAUUAUGUUUGUGUGAAUCCAAGUUGCGCACAUCGAUGGACCGAUUGA